AUGACGUCCAACGCAUUUAAGACUCCGAAGAUCAAAAGACCUAUGAACGCCUUCAUGCUCUACAGGAAAGACGAAUCAGUCCAGUAUUGUAAGACUUUCGCAAAUAUAUUAGAAAUGAACGCUGAACUGGGUAAGAAAUGGAAAAAUGAACCACAAGAUGUAAAAGAUCGUUAUUUUAAAUUAGCCGAAUUAGAAAAACAACAACACAAACAACAGAAUCCAGAUUAUAAGUUUCGACCAAAUCGAAAA